ACUUCCAGAGCCACACGCGCCACACGCGUCUCUCCUGUUAUUUUUGAGACCUUCAACUGUCCCCCCUCCCACCAUGCCUGAGCCCUCAAAGUCAGCUUCGGCUCCGAAGAAAGGCUCCAAGAAGGCGGUGACCAAGGCGCAGAAAAAGGACGGCAAGAAGCGCAAGCGCAGCCGCAAGGAGAGCUACUCCGUGUACGUGUACAAGGUGCUGAAGCAGGUCCACCCCGACACCGGCAUCUCGUCCAAGGCCAUGGGCAUCAUGAACUCCUUCGUGAACGACAUCUUCGAGCGCAUCGCGGGGGAGGCGUCGCGGCUGGCGCAUUACAACAAGCGCUCGACCAUCACGUCCAGGGAGAUCCAGACGGCCGUGCGCCUGCUGCUGCCCGGGGAGCUGGCCAAGCACGCCGUGUCCGAGGGCACCAAGGCUGUCACCAAGUACACCAGCUCCAAGUGAGCCAAGCCUGCCGUGGAGCGAUCGGUCAGUCUCGGCCCACACCCCAAAGGCUCUUUUCAGAGCCACUCACCCUUUGCAAAGAGAACUGCUGCUCAGUUUUAUUUUAGCGGCUGGCCGGUCUAGGGAUCCGAACCCGUGACCUUGGUUUUAAAAGCCUGCUUUUCUUUUUCUUUUUUCUUUUUUAUUUGCAGCAGGUAUCUCUUACUUGCUACAUACGACGUCUGGGUUUCUUUAUUUUGG